AUGCGUUUCAGCUUCCUGCCCACACUUGCCCUGGCCGGCUUGGCCGUUGCCAACCCUGUUCCUGAUGUCGAAGCACGACAGGCUACUGGGCUUCAGGCCGCUAUGAAGGCUGCUGGCAAGCAGUACUUCGGUACAGCUCUCACCGUUCGCAGUGACAACCAAGAAACCAACAUUCUCAACAACAAGAAUGAGUUUGGAUCCAUCACCCCUGAGAACGCCAUGAAGUGGGAGGCCAUCCAGCCCAACCGCGGCCAGUUCAACUGGGGCCCUGCUGAUCAGCACGCCAAUGCUGCCACCUCGCGAGGCUACGAACUCCGCUGCCACACCUUGGUCUGGCACAGCCAGCUGCCCAGCUGGGUUGCUAACGGAAACUGGAACAACCAGACCCUGCAGGCCGUCAUGAAGGAUCACAUCAACGCCGUCAUGGGACGGUACAAGGGGAAGUGCACCCAUUGGGACGUUGUUAACGAGGCUCUGAACGAGGAUGGAACUUACCGUGAUAGCGUGUUCUUCCGCGUCAUUGGCGAGGCAUACAUCCCCAUCGCCUUCCGCAUGGCCUUGGCUGCAGACCCCAAGACCAAGCUCUACUACAACGACUACAACCUCGAGUAUGGCACUGCCAAGGCCAAGGGUGCCAUCCGCAUCACCAAGCUUAUCCAGUCUUACGGCCUUCGCAUCGACGGUGUUGGUCUCCAGGCCCACAUGACCAGCGAGAGCACCCCUACUCAGGACACCCCUACUCCUUCGCGCGCCCAGCUUGCCUCUGUCCUCAAGAGUUUCACCGAUUUGAACGUGGACGUCGCCUACACUGAGCUGGAUAUCCGCAUGAACACCCCUGCCAACGCACAGAAACUCAAGACCAACGCCGAUGCCUACGCCAGGAUGAUCGGCUCGUGUAUGGACGUCAAGCGAUGUGUUGGUAUCACUGUCUGGGGAAUUUCCGAUAAGUAUUCUUGGGUCCCAGGAACGUUCAAGGGUGAAGGUUCCGCUCUGUUGUGGGAUGACAACUUCAACAAGAAGCCAUCUUACACUUCUUCCUUGAACACUAUCAAUGCCCGAUAG